AUGACUCAACCUACCAAUCAAGACACAAUAUGGAGCAAAACGAAAAUUUACGGUAAAAAAGGUUUCGACAAAGGCUGGGAUGCUCUCGACAAGCUUGGCGCCCCCGUCAAUCGACUCAGCAACAAACUCGGCUCCGAGGCCUUCUGGCCCAUGGCCCUCGAGAAGGAAAGCGAGAAAGCGGCCCGCAUCCUUCGCAGCUUUUGCAAAGACGGUGUCUACGUCGAGGAUUCGUUGCCAGACACGUCUCCACCUGGAAACGGAACGAGCAGUAAGAUUGAUAAACCUCGCGGGAAGCAAAAGGUGCUGAAGAAGAUCCCGAAGGAGGUCAUCCGCGAUGCGAAGGGAUUGGUUAUUUUUACAGCGAUGCGGACGGGGAUGUGGGUCAGUGGUGCUGGGGGAAGUGGUGUGCUUAUUGCACGCCUACCUGAGACAGGGGAGUGGAGUGCCCCGUCUGGGAUCCUGCUGCAUACUGCGGGCGUUGGGUUCCUUGUUGGCAUUGAUAUCUACGACUGUGUUAUGGUGAUCAAUACCUACGAGGCACUGGAAGCCUUCUGCAAAGUGCGAGUGACCCUCGGCAGCGAAGUCACUGUUGCGGCUGGACCGAUUGGAAUCGGAGGUGUGCUGGAUUCAGAGGUGCAUAAGCGUCGGGCCCCGAUUUGGACCUAUGUCAAGAGCCGGGGAUUCUAUGCUGGUAUGCAAAUCGACGGAAGCAUCAUCAUCGAACGCAACGACGAGAACGAGCGAUUCUAUGGCAGGAAGGUGCCUGUCAAAGACAUUAUGUCGGGGCAAGUUAGGACAAACGAUCCAGGCGUGAGAAUGUUGAUGCACACGGUGCACUCGGCACAAGGAGACGCAAAUUUCGAUCAAGUGCCUACUGGACUGCAGGCGCCAACAGGGCCGACUCCUAGUGAUUUUGUUCUUAUCGACUCUCCUCCUGAACACUCUGUCGAACCGGCUAUGAUGUCUGGGGCUAACACGGCGCCGUUUGGGGCCACUUACGCAGAUCCCAAUGCAGAGCCGUAUACAGCGUCAAAUAAUGCGCCUCAUGCCGAUACUCAUUGGAAUCCAAAUGGGGCACCCAGCGGUGGGAUGAACCGUGGCUCUGGGCCGGAAAAACAGGACCCUUUGCCGAGACAUGCUUGA